UAAACAGGGCCUUAGCGUCAUUUUCAAUCGAUUGCAGAGGCGGGAGACGCAGAGCACUAUUUCUCUCUCUCUAACUGACAACCAAAAAGUGCACACAGAGAAUCACGCAGUGCAAAUGGCGGAUGUGCGUAAGAAGCAGCAGGCGGCCAAGCAACUACUAAAGCAAAUCGCCGACCAACUCGUCGCCGGCGAAGCUUGCCCAGACGAGAGCGUCAUCGUCAAACUACUGAAGAAAGCUGCAAGUGCAUUCAUGGAGCUAAAGCAGUCAGAUUCAGAAAAACAUUCAGUCAACCCACCUGGUAAUUCACGAACGAGGCAAGGCAUACUUGACCAAAGAGAUAGAGAUUCUCCUGUUCUCCCACCAGAUCCUGCUUUUAGCCAUGCAGUUUCUUCGAAGAUUUUUAGAUUUCUCUUACGCAUGUUUGAGGAGCUUCAUGACACCUCCAGCAAAUAUUUCCGGACACGGGCCAAAAUAUUAGAGACAGUUGAUAAACUGCAGUUUUGUUUGGUAAUGCUUGAUACUGGAUGCGAAGAUUUGGUUGUCAAAAUGUUCAAAAGCUUCUUCAGUGUCAUAAGGGAGGAUCAUCCUCAAAGUUUGAUUGAUUCAGUUUCAUCAAUCAUCGCAAGCAUCUUGGCAGAGAAUGUGGAGACAGAUCCUAAUCCUCUUGAAAGGAACACAUUUCAACCACUGUUAGAUGUGAUUUUACGGAAUAUCAUUAAGGAGAAGAAGGCUGCAUCACCUGCUCCUUAUCGGCUAGCUGCUUCUGUUGUACAAAAUUCUAGUGAAAAGUUGAAGUGCUAUGUGUGUCAGUUCUUGACAUCGUGCAUAUUGGAUAGAGAUGCAGUUGGGAGUCCAAUUAAAGAAGCUUACCAUGAAAUUAUACUUGAAAUCUACCAAGUUGCUCCAGAGUUGCUUCUCUCUGUCAUACCUCAUUUGACCCAUGAAUUACUGACUGAUCAGGUUGAUGUCCGGAUUAAGGUUCUUAAUCUAAUAAAAAAGCUCCUAAUGUUGCAAGGGAAAAACAUUGCUCGGGAAUAUCCAUGUGUCUUGGCUGAGUUGCUGAAUAGAUUCGCAGACAAGUCUGCAGAAGUGAGGCUUACUGCUCUUUCUUCUGCUAAAGCGCUGUACGUCACUAAUCUAUCUGGGAGGGAUUCACUUGAGACACUCUUCAAUGCCAUUGGGUGUCGGCUGUUAGAUCAUGAUGACAAAGUGAGAAUGGAAGCAGUGAACAUGGUGUGCGAACUAGCCAAGACUAACUUGAAUCACAUAUCCUCAGAUUUAAUAGCUCAAGCUUCCGAAAGACUUCGGGACAAGAAGGUUUCAGUCAGAAGUAAAGCCUUUGAAAAGUUGGUAGAACUAUAUCAGGAAUACUGCACAAGGCUUGCUGCACACAUCACCUCUUUCAAUGAAAAAAUUGAAGAAAUUCCUUGCAAAUUAUUGAUGCUUUGUUAUGAGAAAGACUGCCAGGAGUUCAGGCCCCAGGCAAUGGAUCUUGUGCUAGUGGAUUUGUUUCCUGCGUGUCUUUCAAUUGAGGAAAAGGCCAAGCAUUGGAUAUCUAUAUUUUCGCACUUCAAGCCUCCACAUCUUAGGGCGCUGAAAACUAUUCUUUCACAAAAACGGAGGUUAAGGGAUGGACUGAAGCAUUAUUUGGACCUAUGCAAAAGAACAGAGGAUACUGGUCCCGGAGAAACUGAAAGAGAUAUAGAGGCACUGGUUGUCAAAAUGUCCUCAUGCUUUCAGUAUCCUGCCAAGGCAAAAGAUUGUUUUCAGAAACUUAAGGGACUCAGAGAUAAUCGAGUUUUUAGUGUGGUAGAAGAGUUUCUAAAAGAAAAUUCAGCUGACUUUGACACUAUAAAGGAUGUAUAUUUGAAAGAGCUUGAGGGACAGAAAACACUUUCUGAAUUCUUUCAUCUACUUUUUAGAAAAUGUGCCUAUAAUAUAUUUGGAUUUGAGCACGUCCACUAUAUUUUAGAUUGUCUAUCAACUGAAGACGCAGAAGAACAGCACUUAAAAAAUUACCACACACAGCUUCUUCUGACAAUCGUCAGUGCCUUCCCCUCGCUACUUAAAGGAUCAGAGACAAAGUUCCAGCAAUUGAUACUCGAAAGGGAGAUUCCUUUUAAUGAUCAAUUGAUUGAGAUAUUAGCUAGAGAGGGGUGUCAUUUGCCUGUUAAGCUCAGUGAUAUAUACCCUUCCCUGGAGAAAGUAUGUAUAGAGGGAACUCGUUCACAGUCUAAACUUGCUGUCACUGCAAUAUGUGCUUUAGUUGAUACCUCUGAGCAAUUCAUUUACCCUCAACUUUGCAAGAUAUUAGUGGAUUCACUACAGAGUGGAAAGAAUGCUCCUACUGUUUUGCAGUCCUUGGGCUGUCUGGCACAAUAUUCCAUUUCAACAUUUGAAUCUCAAGAAAAAGUGAUUACAAAUUACAUCCUUGAGAAAAUAUUUCAACAAAAUGAUGCUCUUGCUUCAAAGGAUCUUGAGACUUCAACUUGUUGCAGUGUUUGUGAAUUAAAGGUUUAUGGGCUUAAAACAAUUGUGAGGAGCUUUUUACCCCAUAAAAAUGCAUGUCAUGGUCGUCGUCCAUUCAGUUUUUUGCUUGAGAUUAUCAAGCAGAUGCUACAAAAUCAUCAGUUGUCUGCUGGCUGCAUCCAAUGUGGAAGAGAUGAGGCUUUUAUCCGAUUAGCAGCAGCCAAGUCUGUUCUUCGGCUUUCAAGGAAAUGGGAUUUGCAUAUUUCUCCAGAGAUAUUCCGCUUAACAGUAUUAUUGGCCAAGGAUCCUUCUCCAAUUGUUCGGAGAUCGUUUACUAGCAAACUACACAAGUUGUUGCUAUGUCACGCUGUGCCCAUCAGAUAUGCGUGUGCCUUAUCUUUUGUUGCUUUAGAUCCUCUUGAAGAUUUGCGCUGCAACGCCCUAAAAUAUAUGGAAGAGUUUAUUCGUGAAUAUGGUAAACGAGUUCAAAUCCAUGAAACCAUGACUAAGGAAGGAGCAGCUACUCACUCUUCAUGCCUAAUUAUGUUUUUGAUACAUAUUCUUGCGCAUGACCGUAAUUUCCCUGCUCCUGACUGUGAAGAUGCAAAGAUAUAUGCUGAGUUUAUGAGUCCACUAUUUGUCACUAUGCAGUCACUAGUGAAUGGAAAUUUAGUUGAUCACAACUUGCGAAAUAUUUUUAGCGCAUUGAAGAAGGCAGAGGAUGCUAUUGAUACUCAAAUGACUCCGAAACUGCGUCUUUUAGCAGACGUGGGACUCUCUAUUUUUGAUUCUCUGAAUACCAAAAUCACGCCUCUCGGCCACACUCAGGCCGUUGUUCUACUUCCAUCAUCACUAUAUAAAAAUGGCACUUCUAAUAUGAGAGAGGCUAAUCCCUACUCUUCGGUUUUCUGCAAAGCUAAUCCAAGCUUUACUAAGAAUUUGGUUUCGAGCCUCAAAACUGAGGUUUUUCUUAUUGGUACCACUGGCACCAAGCACAACCAUCAGUUUACUGUGAAUUCUUUACGACCAAGUGGCACUAGACACAUCGAACCGAAUCCUGCAUAUAGUAACAAUGAGGUAUUGUUGAUAGAAAAAACUAAAGCGCAGGUUGUUGAGCUCGAAAUAGAAAAGGAACAGUCUGAUACUUCCAAUUGCGAAGCUGAUACAAGAGGACAGCAAAACCUAACCAUGCCCUCCCUUCUUGGAACUGCUGUACUGGACAGCAAAACAGAUGCUUGUAAAGAACUGGAUGCCACUCCCUCAGACUUUUGUGAUUCUAUGUCAAAAUCUUCAUUGCCUGGUGAUGAAUUUGUUGCAAGUUGGCCUAGAAACAAAGAUUUAAUUAAUAAAACAGACAGCAUUCCUGCUGAGCCAUCUGGAUCAACAGCCAGUGACCAAGUGGAUCAUGUUAUGCCUAAGAUUAUAGAGAGUAUUGAAAGCAAUGGUGGAGGAUUAGCCAGGAAACAUACUAAAACUUGCACUCCCACUGAAGAAUGCUGCUUUUCUGUUAUUGAGGACAGUUUCGAUUCCACCAAGAGCACUCAACAGGAUUUGGAUGAUCCCCCAACACAAAACUGUGUUCAAAGCAGCAGUUCUACUGCUAACGCUGAAGCAGAAAACCUUGAUUCACACGCACGUGAAGCAAACUUGCCAAAGAAAAGAGACCUCCGCAUCAGAAAGGCUUCUCAGGCUGCGAAAAAAACUAAGCAAUUUCACGACCCCAUUGGAACAGCGAGCUCUGAAGUCAUCGAUUUAAAUGGCAACCAGCUAAGGAGGAGCCGAAGACAGAAAGUUUGAUCUCCAAGAACAGCUUAGUUUGGUGAGAAACUAAUGCGAUAGAGUUAUAUAUAUAGGCUGUUUAAAUGUUGAUCUUCUCUUUUGAGUUUUGAGAAUUUUCAGAAGGUACCUUCCACAAUGCUUCUCUCUUUCAACGUUAGAUUGACUGUUAAGUGCAAUGUUAAUAUAUAAUAUCGUUGUUGAACA